GGAAAUUCCUCGGUAGGAAUUCCGCGCGAGAGCCUCUCCCCUGAAAAUGAGAAAAGAACGUGGCAUGGAAAACAGUAUACAAUCCGAUAGUGAGAAAGAACAUAAACCAAAAAGAAAAAAAAUGGAGGAAAAUGACACGGAAGAAAGUGUGGAUAACAAUUUUACAAAUAGAGAGCCGCAAAUAUGUGAUGUUACAGAAAAUAAAUGUACAACAGAUUUAUUGCCAAAGACAAAGGAAAACAGUAUACAAUCCGAUAGUGAGAAAGAACAUAAACCAAAAAGAAAAAAAUGGAGGAAAAUGACACGGAAGAAAGUGUGGAUAACAAUUUUACAAAUAGAGAGCCGCAAAUAUGUGAUGUUACAGAAAAUAAAUGUACAACAGUUUUAUUGCCAAAGACAAAGGAAAUGGAUUUAA